GAAAUGUUUUUGUAUUUAACGUCGAACGGAUCAGAUAUUAUUCAUUAAACAAUAUAUAUUUUUAUUGUUAUUUUUAAUUGUGUAAUUUACCGACACUUUCCAAAGUGUUUUGCAAUAGAAACGUAGGAAAAGUAUAAAGAAAUGUAGGAUUUGCUACGGAUAUGUUAUUCUAGUUAUAUUUAUGCUGUUUUUUUUCUUGUGCUAAACAUCUAUCCGUGGACGUUUAUUGCGCUUUAUUCCAUCCUAAGUCAUGGUGGUGUGCUUUCUGAUCCACACCGUGUGUCCGGUGAGCGCGCUCCCUGCUGGUGAGAGCAGGGUACUGUACUCUCGCCUGUUCGGGCCGGAGGAACUCACACUGCUCCAUAGAACCGCCGAGCACCAGCGACUGGCUCAAAAAGAGACUGUAGGGCUCGUAGCCAGGCAGGUGCGCAGUGCUGUGUCUGCAAGCCGGGAGGCAUCAGGCAGAGUGUCUGUAGAGGCUGGGCUCGGUGAAGAGGCUACUGCUUUGAGUGAUGCUGAAUAUGGCGUUUUGUCUUUGGCUAACAAGGAGCCAUUUUCAGGGCGCUGUGUUGCUCUGUGGCUUGGGGUUCAGUCUUUGGCCUUCACUCUGGUGUGUCAGCCACAUGAGAACCUGUUUAUUGCUGAAGGAACUCUGCGGAACCUGACACGCCACUGCCUGGAGGAACUGCGCCUGCUUGGUCCUGGAAGUGAGGUGCUGUUAAAAAGUGACCGAGUGGAUGCAAUGCUCCAGAGGUUUCUUCCCCAUGGGCAGCUGCUCUUCCUUAACCAUCGCUUUGUACAUACCCUGGACAAAGAGCUAUCCAGCUACAUGGGCAAAUAAUCUGGAUAUGUGCUGUGCAAGCGUAGAGGGAAGCUCUUUAGUUCAGUUUAAUGACGGAUAGAAUUUGACUGAAUGUUGUACAUCUAAUGGAACGUUUUAUGCCUAACAGGUUGCAUCUAAGGAUUUUUCCUAAGUUCCAUAGGUUUAAGACAGAAAUAUCAACAGUAUCUAGGAGAGAGUGUUAAUGAAUUUGGCAAAUUCAUAUCUGAGUCACCUGGAAGUAAGUGUGUUUAAGUGCGUUUAAGUGUGUUUAAGUGUGUGUGUCUGUGUGUGUGUCUGUGUGUGUGAAAAUUGCAUGAUUGUUUUAGAAUGCAGUGGGAACUUAACUGGAAAAAAGCAGUGUUACAUGCUGGAACUGUUAUGAUCCUUUAUAUUCCAAUAAAACACACUUGUGGGGUAACACUUCAUACAUAAUAAGAACAUGUUCAAAAUAUAAUAAAUGUGAUAA